AGAAAAAGGAUAAAUUUUGUGCCUUGAAGCAUAUUCAAUAAAAAUUAACAUUGUUUCGACACAGUUAUAAACAAUACGGACGGUGUAAUUAGGGCAAUAAACUGUGCAUUCCCUGUAGGACAUUUGUGUUGUGUGUGCGUUUUUUUCUUUAUAUUUAGUGUUCAAUACCGCUUUGGUGUUUAACAAAUAAGCGGCUGAAUUGUAUGAAUUGGCAUAGCUCUUUAUAAUUAUUUAUUAGCCGUUCGCGUCGCCUACUACAUUGUGCGAGCGACAAUUGCCGGACGAGUAAUUCACAAGACUUAUUUAUUAGUUUAACGUGUCAAGAAAUGUGCGGUGCCGUAAUAAAACUACAUAAAACGUGUUCAAAAGAUAUUUGAUGAACUGGGAUAUCAGUAAAUUGGAUCGAAAAUCCUAUAUUUUUUCCUUAACUAUACUUCCUUUACCAUUCCAAAUAUUAAUGUAGUUAAAAUUAAUUAAUAAUACUUCCAAAAUAAUAUUAUAAUAUAUGUAGCGAAUAUAAUAGUAAUUUAAUAAUUAUUUUUAUUAUCCUAUUCCUUAUUCAUUCCAAUUUUUAUUAAAAUAAAAUAAACGAAUGAAUAUAAUGUUUAAAUGUUGUACUUAGCAAUUAUUUUUUAAUAGAAUUUAAAUUCAAUUCGCAUUUUCAAUAACAUACAAUAACAACGAAUAAUUUUCAAAUCAAUUCAAUUAUUGUUCGAAUAAAUUUUAUUCGCCCAAUAAAUAUACAAUUUAUUCGCCCAAUAAGUCCUUUUUCUACCCAAUGUCCUGCCUCUAGCCCCGUGUACGACCGAAACCAGAUAUUUCCAGAAUGUUCUGACCCUAUUCCGCCAUGUCGUCCUCCCCAGCUGUCGAACCAUCUUCUCCCUCCACGUCCCCCUCGUCUCCGGCUUUGAGAGCUGAUUGCGCGCAGUUCCAGACUUCUACUCCUUAUUAUACUGGAAGGAAGCAGCCACAGCCACCCCUGAACGUAGUGUUACCUGCCACUGCGCCUGCGACACCUCCUACUUACGGUGAAGCCACACUAACCCCCCCUCCCAGGUCGCCAGGAGUGCCGACGGUUGCCAGUCCAGCGUCAGCCUCCGGCGACGGUCGAUCCCAUCCUCCGGACGGUACUUCUUCUGAUAAGUCUUCAGAAACAGCGGUUGGCGGCAUAUCCCGUACGGCCAGUACGGCACUCUCCCGCAAAGAGAGUUACAAAGCUCAGAGACAGCACUACAGAAGAGAGAAGAAGAGAGCGGCGUCUGCUCUACUCCACUCCAUUGAAGAUCCCUCUGUGGUUGUCCUUGCUGACUGGCUGAAGGUUCGAGGCUCCCUCAAGUCAUGGACAAAGCUAUGGUGUGUGUUGAAGCCUGGAUUGUUACUACUCUAUAAAAGUCCUAAAGCCAAGAGCAGCCACUGGGUGGGCACAGUACUACUAACAUCGUGCCAAGUAAUAGAACGUCCUAGCAAGAAGGACGGCUUCUGCUUCAAGCUGUACCAUCCGCUCGAGCAGAGCAUCUGGGCACCCAGGGGACCGCACAACGAGACCAUCGGAGCGGUAGUUCAGCCGCUGCCGACCGCGCACCUGAUAUUCCGCGCGCCGUCGCAGGCGGCCGGACACUGCUGGCUCGACGGACUUGAACUAGCUCUACGAUGCAGCAAUGCUAUGCUAAGAUGUUCCCGGUCCCGCCCCGAACAAACGGUGGCGGCGGACUCGCCGGCCACGCAGACGAACCUAUCGCAUGAGGAUUUGGAGAAACAUUUCAAUGAACACGAGCUAGCCGGCGCCGCGUCAGACUCCGACAGCGAGGCGUCUCGUAUCGGAAUGCCGAACCGGCCGGACAAGAAGCAGGAAAUAUUGGCCGAGAUCGAGGCUAGCUAUGUUGCGGACACCAAUUUCGAUAUUGGGGUGGCCGGCCUGAUAGAAGAAGAAGUGGCCGAAGAAAACAAGUCUCUCCUCUGGUUCCUGCUGAAGCAGGUGCGACCCGGCAUGGACCUCAGCAAGGUGGUGCUGCCGACCUUCAUCCUGGAGCCGAGGUCCUUCCUCGACAAGCUGUCCGAUAAUUACUAUCAUGCUGAUAUAUUGGCGCAAGCCCAACAAAUAGUGGACCCAUACCAAAGAUUCGUGGCGGUCGUUCGUUGGUACCUAUCCGGUUUGUACCGGAAACCCAAGGGUCUCAAGAAGCCUUACAACCCGGUGCUGGGCGAGACCUUCCGCUGCUGUUGGCGUCACAGCCAGGACUCCUAUACUUAUUACGUGGCUGAACAGGUGUCCCAUCACCCUCCAGUGUCAGCCUUCUACGUGACGAAUAGGAAGGAGGGUUUCGUCAUAGAAGGCAGUCUAUUAGCUAAAUCCAAAUUCUACGGUAACUCAACGUCAGCCAUACUAGAGGGUUGCGCCCGGAUUCACCUUCUGAACUGGGGCGAGACCUACAUUACUACUGCCCCUUAUGCACACUGUAAAGGCAUUGUCAUUGGUACUCUUAGCAUGGAGUUAGGUGGAAAGGUACACGUUAUGUGCCCCGAUACCGGCUAUCAAGCAGACGUAGAAUUUAAAUUAAGGUCGUUCCUAGGCGGUGCAGAUCAGACAAACUCCAUCCAGGGUAGGAUUAAACGUGGCAAGGAAACUGUUGCCGUACUAGAAGGCUAUUGGGACGGGAAAAUCGAUAUUAAGGAUAAGAAGACCGGGGAGGAAUCAAACCUAUUCGACGUGUCUGUACUAAAAGAACAACGAUUACCUCGAUACCUCAUGAGUAUGGAGAAACAACAAGACUUCGAGUCUGCCAAGCUGUGGAUCAAAGUCUCAGAGGCCAUACAGAAUGAGGACCAGAUAGCAGCAACAGAGCAGAAGACGAUAAUAGAGGAAGCUCAGCGCGGGCGGGCGCGGAACCUCGUGACGCCGUGGAUACCGCGACUCUUCCACAGGAACCCGCAUGCCGCGCCGCCUGACGGUGUCACAGACCAAGGAUGGGUGUACAAUCAUUUAAAUACGACGCCAUGGCAAGCAGACGAAAUAAUAGAAUACGAAGAAGAUUUCGUAAUAAAGACCCUUCGGGAAGGCCCGCCUCCAGUCAAGACCAGUGUGGAAUUGAGACGAGACUUAGCCAGAAGAAUGUCGGAUUCCGACAGCCAUGAUGAACUGGCUCGACCUAAGAGUUCUGCACGGACAUUAAAACAAAGUCUAUACGCCAUAGACACGGCAUUAAGAGAACAAACUCUAGCGAUAGAACGCCUAUCCAAGUCGGUUGAAACUAUCAGCGAAGCCCAGAGACAAGCGGCCUCGAACAGACCUCUAAAUGUAGGCCGGGUCCCUACAUCCAGCCAUUCAUGGGACCUCUUCGGAGGAUUCGUGUUAGCCAUGGUGUUGCAAGCACUACUAAACUGGGUUUUCUACCAAAAAGACUGAACAGUGUUGCCACUUUAAAAAAUUCAAUGUGAUGUAAGAAAAUUUGAGUAUUUUUUUAAUACUAAGAGGUUUUUUUUUUGGAUUUUGACGCUUUCAUUUGCUUUGGAUUUUGACUGCAAGGGGAAGGACGGUUUUUUACCUAAAGGUAGCCGGUUCGAUUCUCUGUUAAUGCACUUACGUGUAAGUGUGAAAAUAUAUUUUUGUUCCUAAGUUUAAAUAAUUCCUUUGUAAAAUAGUUUCCUCUUGCGGGUGUUGAAAAGCCAUUUUAAUUUCAUUCAAAAUGGUAGAAAUUUCACUUAUUAUAGUAGUUUUUAAUUACCCAGCUGUUAAAAUCAAUAAUAUUGUGAAAUUUGUACUAUUUUAAGUGUGUAUGCGUUUUUAGCGAAAAUUUAUAAUAUAAAUGAAACAAUGAAUUAAUUUAAAUAUUUGCAAUUAUAAACUAAAUACGGACAUAUUACGAAUAUUAUUAAUAAAAUAAUGAAUUGUGUAAUUUUGAAGGUUAUAAUUAAAAUUGAAUUGCAGUGUUGCCAGAUAAUUUUAUUUUAGCGUUACAAUACAUCGACCAAUUAUUUAGUUUUAAUUGUCUAUGAUGUGUGUGUUUUUUUUUUCAAAAUGGCGGUAAUGUACUUGAUAUAGUUAGUAAAUUAAACUUACUAUGUGCAAGAUGUUUUCUAAAUGAAUAUUACGGUUUUCAAAAUACAUUUUACCAAUGGCAACUUAGUGCAAAUGCCAGCAGGUUAACUAUCCGAAUCUGUCAAAUUUUACCAAUCGAACAUAAACCUUCAACUAUUGUGAUAAGGUUGAAAAUCUAUUGAAGAAAUUUGACAGAUUGAGGCAGGUUUACGUCUGAACAGUUCCAAGUCAUAUAACUUUAUCUUUCUGAAGUUGGUUACUAGUGAGUUCUGUUACUGUAACAGCCUUUUUAUCGUCCCACUGCUGGGCACAGGCCUCCUCUCACACGGAGAAGUCACUCGAUAUAGUUAAAAUGUACGAACAAAAUACUACUGCGCAUGCGAGAGGCAUUAAAUUGCUAACUUCAGAGUAGCAAAGAUAUUUUAUGAAGAUGUAAUAGUGUUAUUUUGGCACGUUUAAGGUAUAGAACUUAAAAUAGGGAGUUUUAAAAUAUACUCUACUCCAUUUGAGUAUUCACUUAACUGAAGGCAAACAAUCUUGAUAGGACUUUUUACACAAAUACAAUAUUAAACAAAUAAAACUGCUGCUUAAAAUAAUGAUUCAAUUGAUCAAGUACAUAUUAUUUAUUGGAUAAAGCGGCAUAAUAUUUUUAAACGUGAGUUUCUAAAUAAAAAGUCAUAAUAUCAAGAUUGUCUGAUCUUUAGUUACUAGCCUACUCAAAGGAAGUAUAGACUGUAGAACCAAAGCUCGAGUCAAAUAUCUUUGCAAUCCUGAAGUUAGCCUUUUAACUCGUUGCGUAUAUGUUCGUAUAGAUAUUGUCGAGAAGCUUUGCUUGUCCGAAGUUGGCUACUAUUGACUUCACAAUAGUCUAAAAAUUAUGAACAAAACACUACUGCGUGCAUGGUGUUAAAUGGCUUACUUCAGGGUUGCAAAAUUAUUUGACGCUGCUCUCAUCAUCUGCCUAGCCUUUUCCCAACUAUGUUGGGGUCGGCUUCCAGUCUAACCGGAUGCAGCUGAGUACCAGUGUGCCACACAGAGCGACUGCCUAUCUGACCUCCUCAACCCAGUUACCCGGGCAACCCGAUACCCCUUGGUUAGACUGGUGUCAGACUUACUGGCUUCUGACUACCCGUAACGACUGCCAAAGAUGUUCAAUUUAUUUGUCAUUGCACUAAAAUAGUUAUUUAUGUUAAAUAUCUAGUACAUAACCGCCAUAGGGAUUUUGGAAUUAACUUAUAAACGGCUGUUUAAAAGACAAUUUGUAUUUAUAUAAUUAUGAUAUGAUUAUUAGUUAAAUUUUAAAAUGUUGAAGUGAUAUAGCUCUCUCUGGUUUUACUAUCGUAGAUUAUAUAGUAAUAUUUUUUCUGUCUUUGUAUAUGCAAAGCCUACAUUUGAGAACGAGCUCAACUGAAGGAAUAUUGAGUAGGACUUUUUACAGAAGCACAAAUAGGGUGACAUAAUUAGUAAACUGUACUUGAAUACUUGAUGAAAGAAACUUUUUUUUAUCCUCAUUAGUUUAAUCACAAUUACAUAAUAGAUGUUUGAAACUGUACUAAUGAGCAUUUAAAAUAAGUUUCUUUGGUAAAUUUGUUUUUAAUCAUGAGUAGAAACACAUGUUAAAGAUUCGGUCACUAAUUUACCAGUCACCCUAUAUAAAUUCAUAAAAUAAAACAAUAGUCAUGUUAUGUUGAUUUUCUUUUAUAAUUUUCUGUAAUAAUCUAUAGCUGGUCCCAAUACUCUACCUAACUGUUGUUUACUUACUAGAGAUAGGAAUUUGUAAGUUUGUUUACAGCCAGUUUCUUCAUGAAAAGUAAAGCCAAAGUAAUGUCAUAAAGUAAAAGUAACCGUCAAAUUCGUUUUUUCAAGGUUAAAGUAACAGCAAAACUAAUAGAUAAAAUCGAGAAAAAACGAAUUUGACCGUUACUUUUACUUUUACUUUGGCUUUUACUUUUGAUGAAGAAACUGGCUAUUAGUAAGUAAAUCAACAGAUGAAUCGGCCGCAAAUCUACUAUAGUAAAACCAUGAGAUAUUUUUUGCCUAAAUUUAUCCAAAAUAAGUGAUAAAAUUAAAUAUUGUUAAUGAAAAAAAAAAUAGAAAACGCUUUGGCUGAGACGUCAUUAUUUAAUAUAUUAUAAAAUUAAUUGAUAAUUAAUAAAAUCCUGAACAAAUUA